AACAAAAUAUGUCAAUGUCAAAUUGUCAAAUGUCAAUGGUCAAUGUCAUGUCAUGUGUAAAACAAUAAAAUUUAAAUAAAAAACCAAAAUAAAUAAAAAUUUAAAACAAUCAAAAAUAAAUAAUGAGGUAUGCUUAAUAUUCUUUUACAGAAAAGUAGACUGUUUUUGUCGAGGUCAUUGCUCCUGCGUCAAAAGCUAUUAUACUGCACCAAUCAGACAACUGAAUUAGAUGAAGAAAAAGAAAGAGAAAUUGAGAGAAUUAAGAAAAAUGCUUCAAUUGAAGAGCCCCCUACAGCUUGCUGCCAAUCAGGUUGUGCCAACUGUGUGUUUAUUGUAUGGGCGGAAACUCUAGCCUCCAAAAUGAAUAACGCCGGACCAGAGAUAGCUGAGAAAAUCAUGAAGACCGUAGACGACCCCUCCAUGAGGGCUUAUUUGGAACUAGAGCUAAGGAUUAGAGGCUUGAAGAAGGAAUAACUUAGUAUCAACUUAUUUAUUCUUUUUCCAGAUAAGUAGAAAAUUAACCUUAUAUAAAAUAUUAAGUCAUCCUUUAGUCUUACUUAGGUUAUUAGUUAAUUAAUUAUAAAUAAUGUAAAAUACCUAUGAUAAAAUCACUACUAGCUAAAA